CUAUUGUAAUCGGCCGCUCGCGCCACUACUUUCUGGUCAUCUUGUCGUUCCUUAUAGUAUAAUACCGUAAACCCACCACUCCCCCGUCUUUGAACUCAGGCCCAGCGCAGCUGUAAUCGAUACCCUGAUUUCCGACCAAACGCGACACGAUGGACCACGCACACAUGGAUCACUCACAGAUGGACCACAGCGGUAUGGACCACGGCGAUAUGGACCACGGAGGACACGGCGGCAUGACUGACAUGUGCAACAUGAACAUGCUCUUCACCUGGGACUCGACGAACCUUUGCAUCGUCUUCCGCAGCUGGCACGUCCGGGGCACGGCAUCCCUGGUCUUCUCGCUCCUGGCCAUUGUGGCCAUCUGCGUUGGCUACGAGGCCGUGCGCGAGGCCACUCGUCGAUACGAAUCAUGGGCGGACAAGAGACAAGAAACAGCCCCUCGACGCAACCAGGUUGAAGUGAGCAAGCGAGCGCACGUUAUCAAGGCCACGCUGUACGCAGUGCAAUGCUUUUACGCUUUCAUGAUGAUGCUGCUUUUCAUGACCUACAAUGGCUGGGUCAUGCUGGCUGUUUUCGUCGGCAACUUCAUUGGAUAUAUCAUGUUCGGCAACUCUACCAAGGCGACUAAGGAGACGGCUUGCCAUUAGAAACACGAACAUCAGGGAGGAGGAAGUUUGCAGAGCGACUCAUCAGAAGUAUUUGCGCAAGCGUAGUUGGGUAAGGUGGUUGUUGCAGUAAUUAGCG